AUGACCAUUACGGACUUCACCGUGCGCAAAAAGAGCUACCGCUACCUCACCACCCAGGUGAGCUACCCAAACCAUGAUUCCAAGGCGGUCCUUGAUGCCUUUGAUCCCACCAAGGACCUUCAGUUGCAAGAUCUAAACAGCCUUGUCGAAAUGGGUGUACAAGGAGGCGCCCCGGCCUGGUACACGGGAUGGCCCAAGGAACAGGUGAACAACUUUAAUUUUUGGCAUCGCCCAAUGAUUAGGUACACAAUGGUUGGCGAAAAGAAAGAGCAGCAUUUUGAUAAAUUGUACGUUCUGGACCAUGACGUUCUGGAGAACGGGAGCGACCCACUGGCAUUCUCUUGGCCAGCAAAGGCCUUCUCAAAAACCGAUCCGGUUAAGGUUCCAAAGUUGGAGGCGUGGUUGAUAAACGAAGAGCUCAAGCAGGAUUGCUCCAAGUUGUUCGUGAUGGAGGAUAUCACCGACGAAGAUCCUGAGACGGCUCACGGCCUACUGGUUACACGCAAGCGAAUGCCCAUUCCCAAGGAGUUCUUGGAUAUCACUUGGGACGGAUCGUCGGCACGCAAAGUCUUGCAAUUGGUGAUUGACAGAAUCAAGAUUCUCGCCAACAGCGAGGAGCCUGAAAAAAUUUUGGAAGUGCAGGAGAAGUUCCGGCACUUCGUGGACCAUUGGCGCAUGGCGAACACGGUCAUUGGGAGAGAUCAGCUUUCGAAGAAUGUCGGAGAAUCUGCUGUUCUCACUGCAACAUCUGCCUGA